AGGGGGAAUAGGUUUUUGUGGUCACUUUUUUCUAAGAUACACCCCUCUGUUUUUUCAGUGCAGAGAGCUGAUUUUUGUGCAAAGCAUCCACUGCAACAGAAAUCCUUAUUUCAGCGUUUUAAAAUUGAUACAAAAAAAAAUCCUGCACAAGCUCUGGUCUUGUGCAAACAACAGCGAUCUGCCUUCAGAUUCGCUGGGGUUCCUUUCAGUGUGACUUACUGUGACAGCACUGAGAAGAAAAACUGAUCACGUUCAUGGAAGAAGAGUGAUUUUAAUGAAAUCACCGUUGACAGACUGAGAGCGGCGCGGGGAACGAGUAGGUCUACACACUACGAUCUGGGGACAGUCCUGAUCAAAGCUUACAGAGGAAGAUACAAUUAGGCUAUAAUUGUCAGAUUUGCUGAAAUUUGUGCAUCAGCUGUAAAUCAAAACAAGCCAGAAUGGAAGAGGACAUGGAUGAGGGACAAACAUCCAAAGGCUGCUUUGAGUGCUGCAUCAAAUGCUUGGGCGGCAUCCCGUAUCCGUCGCUGAUCGCCACCAUCCUGCUCUACGCCGGCGUGGCGCUCUUCUGCGGCUGCGGCCAUGAGGCGCUCUCUGGCACCGUCACCAUCCUGCAGAAUUACUUUGAAGUCGUUAGAGGCCCUAUUGACUCCUUGGAUGUCUUUGCCAUGAUUGACAUAAUAAAAUACGUGAUUUACGGUAUCGCGUCUGCCUUCUUCGUGUACGGGAUUCUGCUGAUGGUGGAGGGCUUCUUCACUACCGGGGCCCUCAGGGAUCUGUACGGCGACUUCAAGAUCACGACCUGCGGGCGCUGUGUUAGUGCCUUGUUCAUCAUGCUGACAUAUAUCUUCAUGCUGGCCUGGCUGGGAGUGACUGCCUUUACGUCACUGCCAGUCUUCAUGUACUUCAACGUCUGGAAUAUCUGCCAGAACACGACCGCCGUUGACAACUUGUGCUUAGAUCUCCGUCAGUUUGGAAUGAUAAACAUCAGAGAGGAAAAGAAAGUGUGUUCUGGAUCGGAGAAAUUCUUCAAGAUGUGCGAAUCGAACGAGCUGGACCUGACAUUCCACCUGUUUGUGUGCGCUCUUGCGGGAGCCGGAGCCGUGGUGAUCGCCUUGAUUCACUACUUGAUGGUUCUCUCGUCUAACUGGGCCUACGUGAAAGAUGCAUGCAAGAUGCAGAAGUACGAGGACAUCAAGUCCAAGGAGGAGCAGGAGCUGCAUGACAUCCAUUCCACCCGUUCCAAAGAGCGCCUGAAUGCUUACACAUAAAACACACGCGUGUCCAGCUUUGCACCCUUUCUGAGGAGGGGGGGGGGGAGGCUCACUUCUGCUGUGUGUACGGACAGGUCGCAACAAGGUGGUGAGGUAUCCUCUGGUGGCAUUGCUCAUAACAACCCUGUACCUCCUCCUGGGACUGGAGUUUUUUCCUCUGUUUGUCGCUAAUGCUUGUUUUUUUUUAAAUUUAUUUAGGGAAAUCAGUUCAUAAUGUGGCUCCCUAUGUUAUGUUAAGUCAGCAAUCCGUAAAUAAUGUAAAAUAUUUGAAAUAUUCAGAUUACAUCGUAUAAUAAUUAUGAUUAUUUACAUAUAAUGAGACCAUUAAAUAGUUUAUUUAUUCACUCAUUCAUGAUUCAUUCAAAUCCAUAAUGAUAAUUCUGGGUUAAAACAGUUACUUCUUCACCAUAAUUGUCACACUAGCUUUAUAUUUUAUUUUAUUUUUAUAAAGUGCAUAAAAUAUAGAGUACAACACAAAUACAGACAGACAGACACACACACAUAUUUUUGUUAGAAAAUGAAAUGUAAUGAGAAUCAUUUUUGAAAUCACAGGGGCAUUGUCAAAAUUUCUUCAUGACGUGGAUUAAAAUAACAUUUUGCAUGGUUUUCUCAUUGAGCCAGACCAAAUUUGCAUUUUGAUAAACACAACAAGCACAGUUUUUAAUAAUUUAAUUUAAUGGUUUAACGGAUUAAAUAUUCUAGAUUUUUUUUUAUUUUGUAUAAUGGGAACAAUUAAAUAUUCUAGCUGUUGAAUGUAUGUGCUGUUCAAAGGAAUGUCUUUUCUCUUAUAUAUUUUCCCAAAAAUUUACAUACGUCAAUGUUUUGGUAACAUGCCGACCAAAUAACAAUCACCAAACAGCUAAAGAGAAUUCCACUUUUGAACAAAACUGUUUACUAUAACGGCAUUACACAAAUGGUAUUGCUGAUUACAAACUGAACACAUGAUGUUUGGGAUUUUUUUUUGCCUAAUCAUGGUGUCUCAGUGUUGUGUCAUUUACUGCCUGGAAAUUCUCAUUUGGUCAGUUUCCAAAAGCUGAUUUUGUGAACUUGUUCAACUGUUGUAAUCUAUCUUGGUGUUGAGUGCAAUGCUACUCAGUUCAGAAAUGAGUACUCUGUUAUGUUGCUAGUAAUACAGUAUUGGUUUUGAAAGCCCUUAAACAAGCAUAUAAAAUAUAGUUGUUAUCUGUGAUAUGGUUAUGCAUUAAAUGGUAAUUGUUUUACUGAACUGAAAUGUUCUUUUUUAUUUUUACUUGAAAUUAUGUGUGCAGUAAAGCAGUUAAUACACAAACAGUGUUAUACAAAGCCUCUUACUGAUUAUUAAUAAAGUGUAGUCUUUUACUUGUGAUUGUGUAGUGUGUAGUGUUUUCUUUCUUUUUAAAACUGUCAUUAUAGUGUUACAAAGUCGUUAUUUUUACUUCCUUUAUUCAUCUUUUGUACUUUAACAUGGACUGUCUUGUAGCCAGCUUUUCAUGGAAAUUUGAUUUGUACAUACAUGAUAUACCAAGAGCCUGACAAUGUUGUGUUUUUGAUGUACAAAUAAAUUGCUUGCAAAAUAAA